ACACACACACACUCAACACACACAAAAAUACCAAUUCAUAAUCACUCACAUUUUAUUGCAAAAUGGCUACAAUGAUCAAGAAAACGUGCAUGCUCUUCAUCGCCGCCGUGUUGGUGACGAUGGUGGCGGUUGUGCCACUUGGCGAGGCGGCGAUAGGAUGCGGCACGGUGGUUUCGUACAUAAAACCGUGUCUGCCGUAUGUGACCGGGAGCGGCCCGUUGGGCGGCUGCUGCGGCGGCAUUAAGGGCCUCAACUCUGCCGCCAAGACGACACCCGACCGACAAAGUGCUUGCAGCUGCCUGAAAUCUCUCGCCGGCGGUGUCAACCUCGGCAAGGCCGCCGCGCUUCCCGGACAGUGUGGUGUUAAUAUUCCCUACAAGAUCAGCCCUUCCACUGAUUGCUCUAAGGUGAAAUGAGUUGACUCGAAGGAAAGUCAAGUGAUGCAGCAUGAUAUAUAUAUAAUAUUAUAAUAUAUGUUUUAACUAAAUAAAGAGUUUUAUUAGUUCACUUUUGAAUUAGUGAACUUGAUGCAUGCAUGUAUACAUGUUAUAUUUCUACAUUAUUUAUAUGAUGAAUAUACAGUAGCUAUUUUUCCUUAUUAA